AUGAAUUUUCCGCGACAAGUUGACUAUAGCCGUAGUGGUCGUCCGUUGCGCGCCGUACACAACCCGUCAGAGUGGGAGGCGUGGGCUCCGGGUAACGCAGGAGACGUAAGUUGCAUGUUAUACACUGAUAACUCUUUGCCUCCCAGCAGACUAGACUGGGCCAACUGGGCAGCAGCAGUACAAUCUCCAACUUGCCAACCCCACCUCCCAGCAGGUUGCUGGCGCAUUACAACCCGACUGAGGGACAAUCUACUGGUAUAGUUCAUAUAAUUUGCCUAUUUUAGCCUUACUCAAUGUGCCCACGAACGUCCGCCAGAAUGAGGCAUGCCCAGGCUGCUGCUCGCACACGCUCGGCCACCAUGGUAAGUGGUAAGUCAAUGGUAAGUGCAGGCAAUUAUUUAACCCUAUCUGAAGCCGCUAUUACUGGUAUAUGCAGUCGCCUCGGGGCCAUUGAAGCAAACAUCCAGCAGCUGCGUCAGAUGGACAGGAGGCCGACCGUGUCAGUGUUGCCAACAAACCCCCUCCCGUCGUCCUUGGAACGCAUGUCGAACUUCGACAUAUUUGAAGGAAAUAUCCUCAGGGACGACUAUCGGCAGGAAACGGUAA